CAUCGCUUUUCGUAACACGUUCGAGGGGUGAAAGUGAUUACGGAAUGGUCAUUUUAUAACCCGCAAGAUCUUCUCAUUAGUUUCAUUUAUCUACAUUUCAUACAAUCGCAAUCCCAUGUGACAUUAUGUCUUUGCUCAACUUGUAGAAGUCGCUCCUGUAACUGCUCUGAUUCGUAACAGUCUGCCUUAGUGUCGAGCAAUGGAGGUGAACCUUGGUGUGAUAAGAUUUCUUUCAAGUAUAUGAGUCAUCAAGGCCACAAAUAACAUGUUGUAAGCUUGCUGAUAACUAUCUGGUUCCAAGGGAUCAACCUUCAAAUUUCAAGUUCUUAGCACAAUGGAGUGUAUUAUUCCAGAAUCGACUGUCAAAGUUGAAAUCAAAGAAGAGCCAAAUUCUGACGCAGAAGAGGACUGCCUUGUAGAUGAGGAAGUCAGUGCCCUGUCUGAAAGUGGGCAAAAUGGAUGCGCAGAAUACAAUGAUUCUAUCCAAUCAGGCAUUGAAGGAGUUAGAAAAGAAACAUCAAACUGUUCUAGAGAAGAUCCUCAUGUUGAGCAAGUCUGGGUGAAACAAGAACCCUCAGAAGAAAAUUUAAUGGUAGAAUGUGAUCCAUUCAUGUCACCUAAUUCAUCUGGUUUUCCAAAUCACCAUAGCACAGAAAGAUCUCCCAUUGAAGAAGAUGAAAAAGAGCAUAUUUGCCCCCAAUGUAGUGCAAAAUUCGAAAGUACUCAUCUUCUAAUCAAACACUUGCGAGUUCACAAUAUGGAUAGACGAUUUGUUUGUCCCCAGUGUCAAGUUACCUUUAAAACUUAUCCAAACUUAAAAAAGCAUCUGAAAGAGUCGCAUUCUGGAGAGAGUUACCAAUGCCUUGGCUGUGGGAAAGUAUUCAGUCGUGAAAUCAACAUGCUCAAUCAUCGAAUUCACUCUUGCAAUAGAUUUUUAUCCUGCCCAGAAUGCCCUGCUAAAUUUAAAUUGCAAGAGCGGUUAGAGAAACACCUUGCUGUUCACUCCAGAAAAAAGACUUAUCCAUGCAGUGACUGCUCAGCAGCAUUUAGCAAUAAAAAAGAGCUAGCACUCCAUCGCAGAUCACACCAACAGGAACGAUACGAAUGCACUCACUGCCCGAUGAGAUUCUCAUCAAAAAUAAAAUUGAAUAGCCAUGUCUAUGCCCAUUUUGGGGGCAGGCCGCAUCAGUGUGAGCAAUGUGGAGACAGGUUCAGAACUCCACACCUACUGAGGAAUCAUGUAGCAACAAAGCACUCCGAUGAAACUCCGUACGCUUGUUCACAGUGCUCAAUGAAGUUCAAAACUAAAAGCAACAUAGCCAGGCACGUGACUGCUCAUGCUGAAGAGAAAUUGAUGCAGUGCCCCAAGUGUCCAGCAAAAUUCAAAACGGAAAGUUCAUUGCUAGAACAUGAUGCAGUGCAUGCCCAUAUUGAAGAGAAAAAAUAUAUGUUUGAGCCUCAUUAUUUAGGUUCACUCAUAAUGUCCCCCAAAACUAAGGCCAAUGUUGCUGCAGUCAAUCAAUGAGCACUGGUGCUCACCUGUUCCAAAUCUAGCAAAUUUUUAAUAAAGAAUUAACUCAAAGGAAAUUGAAAAGAGCACCUGACAAAGUUCAAAACAGACUUUCAACAGUUCCUGAAAACACUAUUUAACCCAUUCCCGCACCAGCAUUUUUUUUUGCUGCCGCACAUAGUAGCACAAGCCACCAGGAGGGCAACAGAAUACUCUCGAAUGAUCUUUAAAGCAAUGUUGAAUCAGCCCCAGAACCACAAAAGCUUUCUGCCAGACUUUAGCUCAGAAGCCUUAAUUUUUGCUGACUCAACACUGACAGAACAGCCUGGAAAGAAAUUCAAGCGUAACAAUUUGUUUAUUCUUGAGAGUUUUUGAACACAUCCUGAAAGCUUCAGGGCAAAGUUUAGUUUAGUUAGUUCAGUGAUCCACGAACGUUCAAGAAAAAGAUUCUCAAACCAAGGAAACCAUUUUUCAGCCUCAAAUAAAAGACAGAAAGUACAAAUUUGCCAACACUUGAAUUAGAAACUGUUUCACCAACUGUUCUUGAAAUUUUAUUCCAAAGGACUUAUGCUAUUCACGCCUAAUCUGCAAAAAAAGUCUCUUCCUUGAGUUUUUCCUCUGGAAAGUCAUGAUGAUUGAUAGUUGAAUGUGCUAAAAGUAAAAGGUGUCAUGCUUGCGCUCAAUUCUUUAGCACCGCCUCUCUAAAAUGUGGAUCUUUCAUGGUCAUGGAACUAUUACCUAAUUGUACACUGACUGGUGGCGUCUUUUUGUGUUGCCUUGACAGAUUACUUGGAACAACAGGAAGGACCAUUACUUUUCAUCAAUCUUCAUACUCAAGAUCUUAAUCUCUGUGCUGUUUGGAUGUACUGUACAAACCUGUACAGUAAUGAGAUUGACCACUCCAACUAUGAGUUUUCAAGUUGUGUAUUUUGAGCAAGAAAUCGGUAUUUUUGUCAUCCUAUAACUCUCUUUGAAUACUAUCUAUAUUAUUGUAAAUGCUCAAAUCCAUGUGACAAUGAGCUGCUGUGUUUUUUGCCUUCUUAAGAUGAUGUCGAAGAAUAUUGCUAUGAAGUAAAAUUUUGUAUAAACAGAGUCUUAAUAAUGACUUCAUCCAAAAUAGUGAGUUUCUUCACGAUUCAUGUGCAUCCGACCCAAGGGGUCACGAAUAGAACUCUGUGAAUUUAGUGAUUCGAGGGACCUUGUCUAGUUUAGGGUGAAGUGUCAAAAAGUCGAAGCUUCCAGCAUAGCAAAUAGUAGUAGUUUUCUCAGAAAGUUGGAAUAAUGACUUCACUCAAAAUACUGACCUAAUUGGGUCACUCCACGUAAAAUCAUCCAGGGACUGUCGCUCGACCAACUCCAGGCUUUUUGGAGCCUGCUGGUCUACAGUCUUGCCUCUAGGCUCUCAACUUUGGAAAAAAUCCUUCUGUGAAGGCCACCGCGAAUUGUGGCUGCUAGAUCAUUCCAUGCCAGCUGGUGCUGCUUUGAAAAAUCGAUGAAAAAGAAAUGUGUAGGUGACGCUAAAUCAGCUGUGCGGGAUAUUUUGUUGGGUUUGGAAUAGGUGCAUAAUGAUUCAUGCUUCCGCAGAGUACAGAACGUAGCCCGAAGUCUAAUCUUCAUUGAUUUUAAAACGAUGAUCAAUUUAAUUCUUCAAUUUCUAUGUCGAUAUGGUGUAUCUAAAUUGAAGACAUGCGGACCACGGUAAUUGUAUAACUCCUCAGUGGAAAGGGAAAAUGUGCCCGUAUAUUUUUGUGAGUCUGCGCGUUUUAUUUCAAUGACAUUCGAUUCAAUUCAUUAAAUGAACCGCAUUUUCCAAUCAGGAACUACAAUUUUUUGAACUUAUGAAGUGUAUGAUAAGUGAAGUUAAUAAAAUGUCUCCUAUUUUUAUAUUGCGCCGUGCAGCCGUCGGAAAAAUAGAGGACUUUGUUUAUUUAUUCAUUUAUUUAUUUAUUUAUUUAUUUAUUUCAAUUUCAACGGAUUAAGUCCCAAUUACAUAAUACUUAAAUAAAAACAAAAGCAACAAAACAUACAAUAAAACGGGCAAAGAGAGUGUGACUAAUAAAUAACUAGAACUCGUUCUUUCACCAGAGGCUUAAAAUAUGAGAUACUUAGACCAUAAAAUUGGAUCCAUCCCAUACAGCUAUUUGCAAAAUCUGAAAUUCUGGGAAUAACAGAUCUAUGCUUCCAGAUGACAAUAUGUGAGGGGAUAACAAAUAGACAAUUUAAAUUUCGCAAAGAUCUCAGAGGAACAUGACAAUAAAUGUAGCUAAGAAGAGUAGGAGAAUCAAUAAAAUUAUUAACUAGUUUAAACAAAAACAUGAGAUCAUAAUAAUUGUUAAUGACCUUAUCAAAAUUAUUACCCAGUUUCUCCCUCAAGAAACGAAUUAAUAGCCCCUGAAACAAAUAUACAGCAACAGUGUUGUGCUCUCUACAAUAUAUACGAUAUAUACGAUAUUAUAACAAAAUUCAAAUGCUUUAAAGAGUUGUUUUCAGAGUAGUAAAUUACAUACGGGUGCUGCACUGCCUGAUUGUUGGUCCAAUGGAAAGACCGGGCUUCAUCCUGCACUGUAAAGGAGUAAUUUUCAGCAAAAUCGCCCAAGAUUAAAACUUCGUUUGCUGGUAGAUCUGCUUUCUUUUCCUUCAAGAAUCUGCUCUGUUCUUUGGCAAUGAACUCGAGGUAACGAAGUUCCGCAAGCUGGUUUGAAAAAAGAUUGACAAAUUCAUCGGAAGUUGUUAUCCGCAUCUCUAGAUUGUAUCAAUCUACAUUCAGCCAUUGCCGUAAAGUCACUGUUUCGAUGACGUUCAUCUCCAAAGCUUCUCGUAUGAUUGACUGUACGGCUGGAAUACCCGGACAGGAGGAACACUCGCGGAGGUGACAUUUUUCUAUGGGGGUUUCGCACAUUAUGAUUUUGAGGCAGUCGUGGUAGGACGGAAUGAUGCCAUCCGUUAGCCGCAACAAGUUAGUAUUUUCAAUCAUCAAUUUUAAAUUUUGGUGAGUUAAACAAAUACAAACAGAAUGGGUGCCCGGCUAGAAUACAAUUUUUGGGUGUCAACUCUGCAAAUUUGGGAAACCCUAUCUGAACAUCUGCAUGUUGCUCCUUAAAAAGCUUGUACACCUCUCAUAAAUUUCCCAAAAUUAAUCGCUUUUGAACGUGAAUUUUGUCCCCCUUGUCAUUCUUUGAGCUUAUGAAAUCUUUUAUGCCUGGUAACAUUCGCCCUACUUCAUCGCUGUUGUAAAAUUCUUGAACCAUUGUGAGGUUUUCAGGGCGUAGAUUUCGACCGGGCCUCUAAUCUGGGGAGAAAAGGGGGCUCUUUCUCAUUAAAAGCUGAUGCGCAUCCGUAACAAUGUGCCAGUAAAGGUCAAAAGUGUCCCUCAACUUGCGGCCUAUCCAAUUUUCGGGGAACAGUGUGAGUAAAGUCAAUUUUUCCUCUCUAGUAUUUAAAUCUUGAAAGACAGUUUUCAAAUGUUCAAGGAGCUCUGUUUCUUCGUCUUCAGGAGGUGCUCUCCGAAAAACUCGCGAUUUUAAAGCUUCAUUGACUUGCUUCAACUUGGUUUUCGCGUAGUCCUUAACCGUCAAGCGUUAUUUUUUAAUUGGCAAUUUUCCAUAUACACUCAACAAAACAUCAAGAGUAUCCAAAACAUCCGACUAACUCCUAAAAGAUGGAUCGGAAGCGAUUGACGUAUCCAGCUCAAACUGUGGUUGCGCACUUGUUGAGGGUUAGGGUUCUAAACUUGCUUGUUCUAGGGGUCGUAAUACUUGCAGCCUCCACCUGCACUCUGCGCACACUUUAGCGUCGGGUGGCAUUUCAACUAACUCUCUCAUCCAGUCUUGCAUGUUUCUAAGUGAUUUUUUAAUUUUUGAAUGAUUGUCCUUUUUGAAGGGAUUGUAAAAGAAAAGAUUGAACGAUUUUCGUUUCGUUUCAUUGCGAACCAUUUUUCACUCAGGUGCCUAAAAUGGGUUCUGUAGAAUUUGAGGAGACUUCGAUGGAUGAGGAGGGGGUAGCAAGAACUUUUCAGAUAAAAUAUAAUUUUUGAACAUUUAUUUAUUUCUUUAUUUCAAUUUCAACAGGACAUGUCCCAAUUACAUAACACUUAAAUAAAAACAAAGGCAACAAAACAUACAACAAAACGGGCAAAGAGAGUGUGACUAAUAAAUAACUAGAACUCGUUCUUUCACCAAAGACUUAAAAUUCGAGAUACCCAGGCUGUAAAAUUGGAUCCAUUCCGUACAGCUAUUUGCAAAAUCUGAAAUUCUGGGAAUAACAGAUCUAUGCUUCCAGAUGACAGUAUGUGAGGGGAUAACAGAUAGGCGAUUUAAAUUUUGCAAAGAUCUUGGAGGAACAAGAAAAUGAAUGAAUGUAGCUAAGAAGAGUAGGAGAAUCAAUCAAAUUUAUCAACAAGUUUAAACAAAAACAUGAGGUCAUAAUAACGCCACAUAGAGACUAGGGAGCAUAAGUUCAGAUGUUUAGCAAUAUCUCCAUAAAAAUGAUCAUGGAUUCCUAAGGGGCUAUUAGUGCGAUAGGAUGCAAACUUUAAAAAACUGUGGCGAACUUAGAUAAUUCUUAAUUUAAAAAACGGAGGACGAGAGAUUUUGAAUGCAGAGAGGAAAUUUAAUUUUGAAAAUAAAAAAGAAAAAAAAACAAGCAGAAUUACAGAUAUAAUACGCACAAAUUUUCAUUUUUUCCUUUGAAGAGUUAGGCUAAUAUAUUUACUGUUGCAAUAAUGGAGUCACAGUAACGUGUGCGGAUGCUAAUUUUCCUGUCAAAUAGAUUUUUAUUACAUGACAGAAAAAAAAAUUUAAAAAAAGGGGGGGGGGAAUAGGAAAAAAUGAUGAUGAGAAGAGGCCACCAUAGCAACGUUCGUGCAGAUUGGAAAUACAAUUCGCAUACGGAUUCCUUCCAUAGUGAAUUGCGUGUCCCGAAGUAGUAUUCUUCAGAGGAAGGCGUGAAAGAGAAAUUUGAAACAGAUCUUUCGUUGCUGUUGGAGGUGCUUCAAUUCUUCCUGCCAAACGCGCGCUGCUGGGCCGUAAGUCGUAAAUAUUGGAGCUGUCGAUUUGGCAUCAGCGGAUCCCGCCGCGGCGGAGUUUCGCAUCUCCGAACUUUUUUUUCUUUAACUUUUGACUCCACCAAGUCUCCACUCGGACAUUUUGUAUACGCUCAGUCGAAGUUGUCAUCCACGUCUCACGAAAUCUUCAAAGAAAUAAAAAUGUCCAAUUUUGAGUUAUAUCCUUUUGAAAAUUAAAAUUUGCGCCAAAAAAAAAUUUUUGAGGUAAGCCCAAUUUUGUUGUACAUGUCUGGAAAGCUCUUUCUUUGGGCUUUCCAACGAUACAAGAACGGUUGAUUUUGGAUGAACCAUUCCGGAGUUACACAUCACUGAAGUGGUGACAUUUCUCCGAAGGAGCUAAGUUUUGCGAACUUUCAGAGUCUCAUAAAAGCCCAAUGGGUGGUCGUAUCAACUUAAAAUUUUAGAUUUUUACUAAGCUAUGCAUGGUCAAUAAGUGUGCCAAAUUUCAUCAAAUUCUGAGGGGGUCACUUUUUCAAAGUGGCACCAGCUGGCAUGGAAUGACCCCUAUGGUAUCUAAAUAAUGAAAAGUUUUGGAACUGUUUACUGCGUCUAUGGUUGUAUGAUACAACGCAAGGAUCUACAAUUUAAUCUACACAGCAUGGGAAUAGUUCAGUUCUGUACGACAUUGUCAGGUCACUUGGUGCUAUGUAUUUUCCUGCAAUUAUUCUUAAUAUGAUUCCUCUCUUGACGGACUGAUUUAGACUUCCACCAAAGGUAGUUAUUGAAUAUCCAGUAGUGAUCGAUUUGUCAGCAUUGUUAACACUUAAAGCAUUGUUAGCAUUAAAAAAGGUUAUGCAUCACAAAUACCCAAGUUUGUAUAAUGGUUGUGAUCAAUUUCAGUAAUAUUGAAUUGAAUCAUGCAGUAGAAUAACGUCCCUCAAUGCUCUUCAAAUAGCAUUCAUCAAAACAUACCAAAUAGUCAGUGUUUCCUACUGAGAGACUUAGUGAUGUAAUGCCGGAGUCAUUCUGUAAAAUACCAUGAAGAAUUUAGUGUGUUACCUUGUGAGUGUUGUGUAAUCAGAGAUUCACGAUGCGCUCUCCAAGUCGAGAAUAGGUGGUUUUGGGAGGCGUCUUACUUUAAAUACUCUGUGAUUCUGUCCUAAAUUUUGUGAUACUUUUGUGUAUAAAUUGUUUGUACAGUUGUAUUUGUUAGUUUCAUAUUAUAAUUUUUUCUUGAAAGUUCACUAAAUAAAAUAUUUUUACGUUCAAAA